AUGAAUAUCAAGAUUGAAUUUGAGAGGAUUUUUUCUAAUGUCAAGAGCUUCAUUCAAGAUGUGCAAAAACUAGUUGAUUUGGAGCCUAAAGCAUUGUGUGUCCUAGACUUGUACAAUGGAGUCCUCAUGAGGUAUGUCAAGGCCUCAAGUGCUUUCUUGGGCAAACAAGAAGAUGGUGUAGACUUUGAUAUCACUUAUUAUCGUAGCAAAGACCCAAUGACCCCUAGGCUUUAUGAAGACAUACUUGAGGAGGUGGAGCAGCUUGGCUUGUUCAAAUACGAAGGGUUGCCCCAUUGGGGCAAGAAUCGAAACGUAGCGCUUGAUGGUGUAAUCAAAAAAUACAAGAAUGUUGGAGAGUUCUUGAAGGUGAAGGCGAGGUAUGAUCCAUUAGGGAUUUUCUCUAGCAAUUGGACAGACCAAUUACUUGGAUUGAAAAAUGGAGUGACAAUGGUCCAUGAGGUUUGUGCUCUAGAAGAGUUGUGUGUAUGCUCUCAAGAUGUUCAUUGUGCCCCAAGUAAAGGCUACUAUUGUCGACCGGGAAGAGUUUACAAGGACGCAACAGUUUGUACCAAGUUAAGUUAA